ACGGCGCCACGUCGACUCCGCUGGGUGAGGCCGGGUUCGGGCGGGGCGGCGGGGUCCGCAGGGCCCGGGGCUCGUUAGAGCGGUUCUACCCCUCACCGCGCAGACAUGGCGGCCGAGAAGGACCAGCAGAAGGAUGCCGAGGCGGAAGGGCUGAGCGCCACGACCCUGCUGCCGAAACUGAUCCCGUCCGGCGUCGGCCGUGAGUGGCUGGAGCGGCGCCGCGCGACCAUCCGGCCCUGGGGCGCCUUCGUGGACCAGCGGCGCUUCUCGCGACCCCGCAACCUGGGCGAGCUGUGCCAGCGCCUCGUACGCAACGUGGAGUACUACCAGAGCAACUACGUGUUCGUGUUCCUGGGCCUCAUCGUGUACUGCGUGGCGACGUCCCCUAUGCUGCUGGUGGCUCUGGCUGUCUUCUUUGGCGCCUGUUACAUUCUUUAUCUGCGCACGUUGCAGUCCAAGUUUGUGCUCUUUGGCCGAGAGGUGAGCCCAGCCCACCAGUACGCGCUGGCCGGGGCCGUCUCCUUUCCCUUCUUCUGGCUGGCUGGUGCAGGCUCAGCUGUCUUCUGGGUCCUGGGGGCCACCCUCGUGGUCAUCGGCUCCCACGCCGCCUUCCACCUGACCGAGGCCAUGGACGGGGAAGAGCUGCAGAUGGAGCCUGUGUGAGGUGUCUGCAAGGACCUGCCAGCCUCCCGAGCCAGCCAGCCCGGCGCUGUUCAGCCCUGUCCCUCAUGGCUCUGCUGCUCUGGCCAAGGGCCCCCUUCUCAUCAGGAGCACAGGGUGGGAUUCCAGCUUUGGAAAUAAAACCGUUACCGUUGUCAUUCA